AUGGAUAAACCAGUUAAGCUAGCUAAGGUUACAAAAAUCUUGGGACGAACAGGGUCGCAAGGCCAAUGUACUCAGGUUCGGGUUGAUUUUAUUGAUGAUCCCAAUAAUCGUUCGAUUAUCAGGAACGUUAAAGGCCCUGUUAGAGAAGGCGAUAUUUUGACUCUUCUUGAAGCAGAAAGGGAAGCUCGUCGUCUUAGAUGA